GCAGGUUAGGCAGGUGAAGCGCCUCCCCGGAAACGGAGCUGGAGCGCCCCACCUGCCGGGCCCAGCCUGCUCUGGUCGGAUCCAGCACUUCCAGGUUUCUUGAGCCAGUGGUGACAGCUGAGGCCAUGUGAGUCAGAUCCUGAAUGAGGCUUUAUCUCUGCUCUUGGUCCCAUCAUCCACUGUGGCACCCACUCCUUCGCCAGCCGGGAUGGGACAGGCAACCGAGAGAGCCGGAGAGGUGAUGGUGGCCGUGCCCUGGACUGGGAGAGGAACAGGACUCUGGGCCUCCAGCUGCAGAGCUGGUGGGGGGGGCUCUAGGCCAUGACCUGCACCCUCUAACCCCCGAUACUGACUUCUGUCCUCUGCCCUGACCCCUGCUAUGUCGGAAGGAGAGGCUCAAGCCCCGCCGGCCCGCGGGCUGCCCGCGGACAUGCUGGCUGAGCAGGUAGAGCUGUGGUGGUCCCAGCAGCCACGGCGCUCGGCACUCUGCUUCGCCGUGGCCGUGGUGCUUGUGGCUGGCUGCGGGGCGGGGGGCGUGGCACUGCUGUCCUCCACCAGCAGCCGCUCGGGCGAGUGGCGGCUGGCGGCCGGCACCGUGCUCUGCCUGCUGGCUCUGCUGGUUCUGGUCAAGCAGCUGAUGAGCUCUGCUGUGCAGGACAUGAACUGCAUUCGCCAGCCCCACCAUGUGGCCCUGCUACGGAGCGGUGGAGGGGCCGAUGCCCUGGUCGUGCUGCUCAGCGGCCUGGUGGUGCUGGCCACCGGCCUGACCCUGGCCGGGCUGGCCGCCGCCCCUUCCCCGGCCCGGCCGCUGGCCGCCAUGCUGUCUGUGGGCAUCGGCCUGGCUGCCUCGGGUUCACUUUUGCUGCUGGGCUUGCUGCUGUAUCAGGUGGGCGUGAGCAGGCACUGUCCCCCUCUCCGUGCGGACGCCCCCUCCGCCCACGGUGACCGCAGCGGCAAUGGCAGCAUCUUCAGCAUCUCGGGACAGUUUUCUGCAGGCCAGCGUCAUGAGACCACAUCCAGCAUUGCCAGCCUCAUCUGACCAAGCCCGGUUCCCCUUUCCACGACCUGCCUCAGCAUCCACAGAGCCGUGCCAGGCUGUGUGCCUGUAUGAGUGUGUGCUUGCACGCACCUGUGAGUGUGUACGUGUCCCCAGGACUGUCCAGCCCUCUGUGGGACUGUGAGACAUGAGUACCCACACAUCCAUGUCACGGGAAGGCGGGACUGGAGGUUUGUGACCAUGGAACUGUCAGAGUCUACCCAUCUCUAUCGGGGGUGCCUGAAUUUUCAUGGCCCCUGUUCCCAACCCCCCUCAAAUCCAACCCUGCCUUGGAACACCGAUCAGAGAUUCCCUGGGAGGGACUGUGCCUCCCCCAGAGACCAUACCGGUGACUCUUCACUGAGGAGGGUAACCGGUGACAAAGUGCAAAGAACACGGACUCCACAGUGUGACAGGACUGGACUGGAAUCCCCCACCGGCAGGGGGCCUUGAGCAAGGGACUUAACCCCUCUGAGCCUCAGUUUCUGGAGAGUCAUGGUCAUGGUAAUCGAUCGUGAGGACCCCAUGACAUCGUGUGUGGAAGGACUGGGCAUGUGGCAGGUGUGCAAUAAAACGGGUGGCUGCUGUC